AACACCUCAGUAUGUGUUUUCUUCCACAAGAUUGGACAUACAAACUGAUAAGAAUUUUAGUAACCUGACCAUUUUGAGUACAACCCAAGAAGACGAGGGAAUGUACCAUUGUGCAAUCACAGAGUGGAAUAAUCUUGAAUGGAGCGGGACAUAUUUGUUAGUUAAAGGAAACACUGAAAGGACAUCAAACUAUACUGUUGUUCAGUGGCCGACAGUAUCUGAUCCAGUCCAUCCAGGAGACUCCGUGACUCUCCAGUGUUCAAUCCUCUCUGAAUACGAGAACAAGACGUGUCCAGGAGGACACAGUGUUUACUGGUUCAGAGCCGGAUCAAAUGCAUCUCAUCCAGACCUCAUCUACACUGAUGGAAGUAGCCGUGAUGAAUGUAGAAAGAAAACUGGCAUUCACUCAUCUCCAAAGAGCUGUGUCUAUCGUUUCUCUAAAAACAUCAGCUCCUCUGAUGAUGGGACUUAUUACUGUGCUGUGGCCACAUGUGGAGAGAUAUUAUUUGGAAAUGGAACUAAACUGGAACUUGUGCAAACAACACAUUCACUAUUUAUUGGAAUAGUGAUAUUAAUAGUCUGCUUGGCCAUUUCUGUUGCUGCAAAUGUUGUCUUCAUCUGCAACCGAAGUCUAAGAGUACAUGAACAAUAUAAAGGAAUGGAAAGCACUAUUUCAGAAGCUCAACAUGACAACUUGCGCCAACAGACUGAAGCUGAUGACAGAAUGAACUACGCUGCACUGAAUUUCUCAGAAAGAAAAGCAACGAGAGGAAGAAAGAAGAAAGACUUUUCAGAGGAUUGUGUGUACUCUCAAGUUAAAUGAUGAUACUGUUGAUAAUAUUGAGCACUUGCAUCUGUUUGUGAUUAUUUUGUUCUGUUUUUUUUAUCUUGGCUAAAUAUUAAAUAUAAACCCUUACUCAAAAAAAUUAUUUUAUUGUUGAUACAAUUAGGACUAUCAUAGUCUAUAACACAGUAUUGUUGCCUUUCUUACAUAUCAUCUUUAUCAUAUUUAUCAUAUCAGUGUUAUCUUUGGUCUU